CUCAUUAGCGGGGUUUUUCACGGAUGGUUCUGAAGGUACUUAAUACGUUCACGCGCUUCUAUAAAUAUGUGAUUCCUACAAUUGGAUAUAGAAAUCAGUUUACGGGGCAAAAUGUAGUAUUUGAUAAAUCUGUUAAAGAAAAACAACGCGCACGAUCAGCACUUACUGAUGAUCCUCACAUGUAUGACUACAUACGUGAAGAAGUUGCCGACCGACUAGCUGAUCGCCUAAAUGAUAUAUCAAGAAAAUUCGAUGUCGCUUUGGAUAUUGGUUGUGGUCGAGGGCAUUUAUCUCAGUUUGUCACAUCAGAUAAUAUCGGGGUUCUCUACCAACUAGACAGUUCAUCUGAGGUUUUAAAACAGAUUAAGCCAUCUGCAGAAGUUUGUGCGUAUAACAUAAAUUGCCAUGAAUACUGUCUACCUUUUCGACCAAAUACUCUAGAUUUAGUUCUAAGCUCCAUGAGCCUACACUGGAUAAACGAUCUGCCUGGUUUAUUAAAACAAAUAUUAACAUGUUUGCGUAAUGAUGGGUGCUUAUUAGGUGUGAUGCCAGCAAUGGAUACAUUGUAUGAAUUACGUGUAUCAUUGCAAUUAGCUGAAUUAGAAAGAUUAGGCGGAAUCUCAUCGCAUAUCAGUCCAUUCGUGGAUAGUGUAGAUAUGGCUAAUUUGUUACAAUGUGCUGGAUUCAAUUUAAUCACAUUGGACUGCAAUUGAUCAGUCUCAUGUUGGCAUAUAUUCAUCCUGUGCGGAUUGCCUCGAUUUAGCCUUAAGUCACAAGCUUAACAAUGGAAAGAUACAAGUAAAACAACACCAAGUGAAUUUAAACUUCACCGCAUUGCACAAGCAGGUGGCUAUCAGGACUCAAUAGCUAAGUGGAUAACGCGAUGACGUUUCAAGCGAACGGCACUUGCUUCGAGUCCCGGAGUGAACAUCAACUCUGCGAUGCAGGUACAUUCAGCUGACGAGUCCCGAAUAGGACGAAACGCGCGUCCUGGAUUCCACUGCUAGCCACUAUCCAUCUUUGCUUAAUAAGAUUUACACUGUUCAAUAACAGACUCAACAGUAAACUGUCUGUCGGAUAACCAAGUUAAAGAAAACAUUUAACUAUUUUUAUAAUUGUAAUUAUUUGUCAGAUUUUAUGCUUUUCUUACAUCAUGUGUUUUUUAUCACAACUUUCAUUAUUAAUAUCCCGUAAUAUUAUUGUAAUGUUAUCUUUAUUCUGAUGAAUCUUAGUGAGUAGUUGGCUUUCCCUCCCCAAAUAAAAGAAACAUCCAAUCAUUCGAAUAAUUUCCUUGUACAUUUAAGUUAUCAACUCGUCCGAUUACAUAGCUCUGUUAUUCUUUUAUUCAUAUUAUUUUUUGUGAACUGAUCACUUAAUGUGAAGAAAUCUGUAAUAUCGUAGUCCUACUGCUUAUAAUUUGAAACGGGAAUCACUAUGAUUUCUUCGAUGUAAAGUAUGGACAUGAAACAUUAGUGCAAUGUAGGGUUAUUGACUCUCCAAAAAUACGUCCCCAAAUCCCAAACUCACGUCCUUAGUAGACCAAAAUACAAUCAUUUCUAUGCUAAUCUUUACCUGCAAUAAUAUCACAUGUAAGGGAAAGUACACACACUUGAAUUGAUACAGGGAAUAUAAUUAUCACACUGAAUGAAAGUUCGUACUUGUCAUAUUAAAUGAAGUGUAUACUGAGUUGAUACAAUAAAUAUUAGCCUAAAUAGUAUAGUCUUUUUAUCUCGUCAUAUCAAAAUACAGUCACUCAUUUAUCAUUUAAUGUUAUGAAUCUCCUUUGAUCCAAAUUGUUGCACCUUGUAUUUGUACAGAGAAAAUAAGAAACUCUUAUCUAACUAAUCAUUAAAAACAACAAAUAAUCUCAAUCCACAACCAAAUGUAGGUACGUGUACUUGAAUUUAAUACCAUACUUCAUGAAAGCAGCUUGUUAUAUCAUUCGUCCACCUAAACCCGAAGUAGAUGGGUUAGAAGGAUUCAAAUUUGUCGCUUAUUAGUAUGACGUAAUUGUCAUUGAAACACCACUUGUAUACAACUAACUGUCUAGUAAAUAAUGUUAAAUUUGUGUGUAGAAUUCUGGACAGAUAACUAAGUGGAUAAAUGAGACAAUUCAUGUCUAUACACCCAGACAGAAUUCUAUUUGUUGCAUAAAAAUUUGUAAUAAUGUUAAUUUGAUAGCCUGACCAAAUCAUGUCAUGUGUGUACGAAAUCAUUUAUUCCUCGAGAAAAACUUGGACCUCAAUUUUUAAAUGCCGUCAUUUGUCUUUUCUCUUAUUAUCCUUGUUUUUUAAAAACAUAUAUGUUAAAUCUUAAUAAGAAUGAUUAUAUCUGUUGGGGGUCCUGGUUGUUCUUUGACAUUUGCAAAUUUAGAAGCAAUUAAGCUAUUUUGAUGUGAACGAUUCUAUUGCAGACUCGAUGACGGAAGCUGAUACAUGUUAUAACAAGUAUUUUCUAUCAGACGGCUAAGACUCGAUGCAAGAUAAACUUGAUGUUCCAUCAGAACAACUUGAAAUGGCACAACUUAUUGUAUAUAAUAACAAGGACGUGACCUUCAAGCACAUAAAACUGGCGAACCAGGAGUAAUGGCAACCAAUUAAAAGAUGGUAAAAAGCAUGUAGUAAAUUGAAUUAGUAAAAAAGUAUUCAUGCUUACUGUUCCCGGUAUGAAUUUAACAUUAAUAACAAAACUUGAGUAAUUUCGCGGCCACCUUAGAAAUAUAUAUUUUUCCUUCCCGUAAUUUAAUACCUCUUUGCUCCUUGAAACAUGUGAAAACUUGAGUCAGUUUAUUACAUGCAUAACACUGCUGUGUAUAGAGUUUAUUUCUGUUUGUGUAUGAUAUGGCGAGUAAUAGCUUCAAGUAGAUCCAACGAAGAAGACUUUCUUUUUGAAAGAAGAAAGAUGUUGGGAAGAUUCAAAGCAUUCCUCGAAAAAGUCAAGAGGGGUCAUGAAAACGCUGGGAAAUAUUUUAUCCAAUCAGCAUUGAAUAUAAGUUCUUCAGAAACAUCUAGAAAAUGAAGAUUCACGUUAUCACAUUUCUGACUAGAUAAUUAUCUAUCCUGCUACUAUAUUUAGCUUGAUUCCAGGUUAUUCCAGAAAUCUAAAUUGCACCAGAAAUACUAUAAAUACUCUCGAUUUGCUGUACGUAAACCAGCCAUUUCUUUCAUGUUCAAGUUGCCGAGUAGAUUCAGCUUGGGGUUAAAAUAAGAGCUUAAGGGAGUGAUUCGAGCGUUCACUUAGAAGACCUAUCAGUGCAAUGUCAUUUUCAUUGAAUGUUUUUUAUCGUUAAAUUUCUAAAUCUGGACAGCGUUCACGUCCUAGUUCAGGUGCUUUUCUUUAUCUUUCAUAUUACACAAUUAUUUGCACAACUAAACGUGACAUACAAAAACAAUGUAAAUCUCCAACAUUUAAUUACUCAGUCAUUUGUUUUUUGUCACUUUCUUUUGUCAACUUUCUUAGGAUGUUGAUGAAAUUGUAAUUCACUAUCCAGAUAUAUUUGCGUUAAUGAAUGAUCUACGAUUUAUGGGUGAAUCUAAUGCUACUGUUCAUAGACCAUUACGUUUGAAUCGUGAUGUUCUAUUUGCAGCCUCUGCGAUUUACAAUGGUAAAUAAUGGUUACUGUACUAUCAUAUUUUUUGGUUAAAUUGUCUUAGUGUUCAAAUGAAAUACAAUAUUCAGAUGGACAUAUUUUGACAAGAUAUAAAGUCAUCCUUUGUUGAAAUUGUUAGCUGUGUAAUUCAAAUAUAGUUUUCUUAGAAAUUCAGUGUUCCUCGUGAAGAUGAAGAGAAUGAGCGCUGUAUUCCGGCAACCUAUCGGCUGUUAUAUUUUAUUGGAUGGAAACCUGAUCCUUCUCAAAGUAAACCUCUUCCUCGUGGUAGUGCACAGUAUUCCUUGAAGGAUCUCCACAGAAUUGAUGAGUUAAUUAAACUACAUUUUGAAAAAUAAACCGAAGUCCUACCUUAUUUUUUCAGUAUAUAUAUGUAUAUAAUAAACCUGUGUUACAUUAAUCUCUUACAUUUAUGCCGUUGCUCGUUACUUUAUGUCACUUGUAAUUAUUAUCUUCCCCCAACUUUAACUAUAUUACCUACUGUUAACUCAUCGUUUUUUUGUUUCAAAUAUUCAUAACCCCUUCCUAUCUAUGUAGAUUUUCUACAAUUAUGUCAUAAUUAAAAGACUUGGCAGUUCUACGUAAUGCUCUUUCGUGUGAUAUUGUACUUUGCUUGAUCUAUUUAUAAUAAGAUGUAAGUAGUACACUGAAUGUGAUGUAGGUUAGCUGUUGUAAUACUCUUCUUCAAACUCAAAUUUUUUUCAUAUUGUAUUCAAUGAAGGCUUGGGCAGAGGAAAUCAGUUAUAUUAUGAAAAAUUACGCAGUGUCUGUUUAAAAUAUGAAAACAACACAUUAAAUACACUAUAUGCACAUCUUUCUUGAAUUGUCUCUUACAAAGUACAUUGUUCUUUAUUUUGCCUUCUGUGGUGUACAACUUAUUUUUUAAAUAUUGAAAUCGAUUGUAUAUGGGAAGUUGUCUCAAUAUGCUUCAUUUUCGAUCACAUCAACAAUUCGUCUCAUAGUAUCAUGACUCCUAAAUAUAUGGACUACGUUUCCUGUUUGUUUAAUAAUCUGUCAAUCCUUACUCAUUGUUCUUAUACAUAUUCUAAUCAUUUGCUCAACCUGAGAUUACGUUGUAUCCGUCUUACUUAAGGAACAAGUCACGACUUCUAAAACUGAACUGUUAAUUUUCACUCUUUAAUGACCGUAUUUCCUAUGACAAUCCUAAGAAAAAGCUUUCACUUAUGUCUCGAGUUUAGUUUGCUAAUCAUGUCUCUAGACAAGGAAAUAUCCUUAA